UUAUAAUGUACAUUAAAUCCUUUUUACUCGUGUUGUUCUUUAUGAUAAAUAGGAAUACUUGCUUUACUCCUAUAAAACGCUCUAAACUACAUGAAAGUUUUCCCGAGUAUUCACUUAGAUACACGUAUCCUACACUCUGCAAUACAACUUCUAAACAAACGUCAGGUUAUUUUGAAUUACCAGAUGGAAAGAACUUUUUCUUUUGGUUCUUUGAAUCUUCUAAAGAUUAUCCAUUAGUUUUAUGGUUAAAUGGAGGACCUGGUUGCUCUUCCAUGCUAGGUUUAUUAAUGGGAAUAGGACCAUGCUAUGUCAACAAUCAAGGAAAUGAACUUGUAUCAAAUCCUUAUGCAUGGACAAAUAAAGCAAAUAUCAUUUAUCUUGAUCAACCUAUUGACUCUGGCUAUUCUUAUCAUAAUAAUCAUUCAUUUCAUGUUGUAGAUACUCAAACUGCUUCUAUAGAUGUUUAUGUAUUUUUACAGUUAUUUUUUAGAGAAUUUUCAGAAUUUGCUAAAUCGGAUUUCCAUAUAGCUGGUGAAUCAUAUGCGGGCCAUUAUUUACCAGCUAUUGCAACUACAAUAAAUGAAGAAAACCUAAAAGAAAAUCAUUAUCAUCCUUCAAUUCAAUUAAAAAGUCUUAUGAUAGGUAAUGGAUUGACUGACCCGCUUAUUCAAUAUCAAUACUAUAAACCAAUGGUAUGUACCCCUUCGUCUUAUGGACCACCCCUAAUAUCCUCCUCUAAAAAAUGUCAAGAGUUAGAAUCUCAACAAAUUGUAUGUCAAAAUUGGAUUAAAAAAUGUUAUAAACAACACCAACAACAUGAAGUGACCACAGAAAUGUGUAAAAUAGCUUCUAAUAUUUGUAAUAGCUUUCUUGUAAAGCCUAUUAUUGAUUCUACAACAUUAAAUAUGUAUGAUAUACGUCGACAAUGUGAAGCUGGGCCCUUAUGUUACAAUUAUUCUUCUGCCAUUGAAAAGUAUCUUAAUCGCUUGGAAACAAAAUCCAUGUUAGGCGUAAAUGCAACCCGUAAAUUUGAAAUAUGUAGUAAUACAGUAAACGCUAAUUUUUAUAGCACUGGGGAUUGGAUGAGACCCUAUUCUGUUCAACAAAUAAUAACUCUUUUAGAUCAAGGUGUGAAAGUAUUGGCCUAUGCUGGAGAUGCAGAUUUAUUAUGUAAUUGGAUGGGUAUUGACGCAUGGACCUUCGAACUUGAAUGGUAUGGGAAAGAAAAUUUUCAAGCACAACAAGAGAUCUUUUGGAAGAUCAAUGAUAAUGAAACGGUAGGAACAUUAAGAAAGUACAAUGAAUUGACUUUUCUACGUUUGUUUAAUGCUGGACAUAUGGCCUAUUAUGACCAACCUAAAAUCGCUUUGGAAAUGUUUUCUCAGUGGAUUUCUGAUAGUUUAUAACAGACGUUAUCAAUAUUAUUGUAUUCAUUUUAAUAAUAUAUAAAUCUAUUACAAGUCAUAUUUUUAUGUAACGCAUAUAGAUAUGUAUAUAUAUAUAUAUAUAUAUUAUUAACAAUAUAAACAAGAUAUAAUCUAUAUAAUGAAUAAGAUUAGUUAAGGGAGGAUAAAGUGGGAAAUAUAAAGUAUUAAUUAAUUUUACAUGAUACAAUAUUUAGUAUAUA